AAGCUAAGCGCAUUUAGUUUGUAACUGUAUGUGAUUAUUAUUCCAUGUCUUCUUCCGUUAAUCAGAAGCAGAAGGCUAAUGCUGAUAAGACCAAAUUGAAAUGGACAUAUAUACUUCACUACACAUUCAUGGAUGCCGUUAAGGAUCUAGGCGGCGACAUUAUGAGUGUUACGGCAUCUGAAAUUCGGAGCCGCAUGAAUAUGCCGGGAUUAACAGAGGAAAAUGUUCGUAGCCAUUUGCAGAAAAUUCGAAAUUUCUAUAAUAAAAAAGUACCAGGCAGGAUGAACACAAAAGCCAAAAUUCAUCUAAUAUACCUGCUAGCCACCCCAGGAGGGGCCAGUGCCAGAACAAACUGGAGUUGUUUCUUGAGUGCCUGUAAGAAGUGGUUGAUGAGCCCAGAAGACAUUAAAAUUCUUGUUCUUGAUGUAACCGAAGACUUUCUCAUGUCUGAUAAUGACAACAUUAUUGGACAAGUUAAUCUGGAUGAAGAGAAACUGAACAUGAUAAUAGCUGAAUUCGCAUCUCUAAUUUAA